AAAGUGCUCGCCCACCCGGAUGCAUGGAAUUGCCUCGACGAGGACGAGAAGAAAGAAAUCCUAUCUCUGCUUCCUGAUAAUGUACACCCGAACCCUGAGCCUGAUCCUGAAGACCCGAAUGCGAAGAUACCCCCGAUACCGCAGGAAUUCCUGCGAUAUUCGAAUACAUGGCGCGAAGGAGUACGCCAAUUCCAGGUAGAUCUAGAAGCCGGCCGUUACGACCCUGAAUGGCUGCGCCAAGCGGCAAAUGCGAUGGAAGAAAGAGCCAAGGGAGAGUUCGACAAUUUCAAGGAACAGGAAUUCGAGGAAUUUUGGGGCCAGAAACAGAAGCUCGAUUAUCGUGCGCUGGCGGGAGAGAGCUCUAGCGUAAAGCUCGAUAGUCUGAUCGCGCAUGGUAUCAUCCAGACGGGGGAUGUAUGGAAAUUCACCCGCGUAUUCGGGAAAACGGAGAAGAUAAUGGUCGAGAAGGAAGCUAAGGUCGUGGAUAUCGUCGGUUCAACUCUGACAUUCGCCAUUCCACCCGGACAGAGAGUUUUCUUAACUGCUACUGAAGCUUCUAAUACAGAUGAAGAGGAAGAUGGCCCCAAAAGUGAACUUGAACCGCUUUCAGAAACCAAGACCGACCCCGACUCAAACGUGGAAAAUGUGUCAAAGUCGGGGUUAACUUCUACUUCAGAAACCCCUGUGCUAGAAAAACCAAAAGUCUCUGUCGAAAUCGUCGUCCCUGCAACCGAACAGACGGUUGCUACUACGUCCCCGCCGCCUGCAGAUGCUGCUGAUGAUAACGUUCUCGCGCCUCCCGAUCGAGCUCCCGAGUAUGAUUCAACCGCGCCAGCAGCACUUGGAUCCAACGGCCAAACUUCUGUUAUUCCCAUAGUCCCAGCAUCUGAGCCGGAACCGAUUAAGGAUAUCAUUUUUCCAAAUGUUGCUGGACCUCAGGCUUUGGCCAGCAAGAUCCUGGAGAUUGAUGGCCGUAUCAAGAAUCCGCCUAACGGCAAUGCAUGGAAGCAAUUUCGCUGUUAUAGGAACAACCAAGACAUGGGCAGUCUCUGGGAAGUGAGACAGACUUGGUAUUUGAAGACACACUAG